UCGUUGCUCACUGUUGUGAAUGUAACCAGUCCUAGGACAGCAAACAGCAGAAUCCAGUAUCAGUGCAUAGCUAGUAAUGGAGUGGGAACACCUGCUACAGCUACAGCCAGCAUCAUAGUGAACUGUAAGUACGUAGGUAAAAUAGUUAUACGCUGUGCGUUACUAUUUAACGUUGAAUGCUUUGCCCCUUUUUGAUAUCUCCUCAAUUCAGAGAUUUGUGUAGUGACGCUACUCUCUGAUUGUUUUUCUAUUACAUUCUGGCAACGGUUUCUCAUUAAUUCUCGAAAUCAUUUAUGAUCCCGCUCAGGAUCAUAAAGACGACUUGAUUAUGAUGUUUCGAUUCGGUCUCACAAAGAGCUAUCACUGUGGCCAUUUCACAUCAUCAGCUCAGUUGAUAAAACCAAAUUAUCUUAGAUUGCUUUUAUAUGCUUGCCCAGUUUUUUAUAGUAUUUCUUAAACGUACACUUGGCUCACAAAGGAUAUCGGUGACGAUUCUGCUAAUGCUGACUGUUUAUAGGGGGGGGAUAGAGAUGGACAAAGUGCGGGGGGGAUAGAGAUGGACAAAGUGCGGGUAGUAAAGCCUUUUAUCACAUAAACUUCGGUGUUAUACAAGGAUUUCCGGCCCUGAGAAAAGCCGUAACAACACACGUGAAAAAAUAUCGUAUUACGUAUUACGUAAUACCUGAAAGACUUCUUCUGUCGGUAAGGAAAAAUUCAAUAAGUGAGAAUUUUGUAAAUUGAAAAUCACGACCAUUGUUGUUUUUGUAAUCAUGAUUCAACGCAUUUUCCAUCUGAAGAGUCAGCGCCAACGCACCAUACGAUUAUUAUUCGAGGAUUGCCGAUUCAUUUAUUUUCAUUUUUUAAUGAGGUUGGUUUUUUUUCCCAAUAAAGGGCUAUUGUGUUUAUAUGAUAAACAAAAUAAUACAUGGUUGCUUGUAGAUAUGGAAAUUCUCUCCUCGUGUUCAACUUGACAUCUCACUCGUUCGCUGCGCUCACUCAUGAGCUAUCGAGUUAAACACGCGAAGGGAAAUUCCAUAUUUACGCGCGCCCAUGUAUUAUUCUCUAUUUAUUAUUAAGUCUUGUUACAGGUUGGUUCAGAUAGCAGUCAAGAUUCGCUAAAGAUUCUGUCGCUUUUCUGUGGAAAGGGACUCUUUUUUCCCACAGCAAAGUAAUUGUAUUUUGUAAAGUAGAGACAAAGUUUUACCAUUGAAGACGUAAGGGUUUAAUACCGUUAUUCCUAAAUAUACAACUAGUACAAGAGUGAUGUGCAAAAAUGAAUUCACGUGCUCUAGAAACGAACAAACUCAAAAAACACAGGUGAACCUUCGUUAAACUCAUGCAGAUUCCAAGUUCGCAGCAUGUCACUGGUAGAGUUCUUUGCAUGAAGUAUUUUAACCCCACGGAGUAUUUUAAUUACGACAUAUAACCUUCACCUCUUCAAAGAUCUAGUCUGACCACUGAACGGCGGACCCUUCCAGAGCAGCGAACAGGUAGAAUCAUGCGUGUUUCGGUAUUGCCCUCCCCAUGGGACGUGUUCUCCGUUGCUUUUAGAGCAUGUCAAGAGGUAGUAAUAAUUUGGUUUGGCCCUGAGGUGUAAGGUGCUUAGUGGCCACCGUAGUCUCCUUAGCGUCAGGAUAACGCACAUGGGCGUAGUGAGGGUUUGCCUAGAGCAUUUCCACUUCAUCGACCAAAGGUUUCGUCUUGUUAGCACGAACCUGACUUCUCAUGCAGACGGGUCCAGGUGUAGCUGGCACUAGAGUAGGAUUAUCGAGAGAAACCGAAAAAGUGCCUGUGUGGUGUUUCAUUGUUUCAAAGGGGUAAAUGUUGACGUCCUGUGGCAAGCACAUGACCGGCAUAAAUUUCAUUCCUAGGCUUCCCAAAAGGGGCUUGUAAAACAUCCACCGCCAUCAUAAUUAAUACACUUUUCGAUGUGUUGGGAGACUGCAUCAGAAAUGGAAUUGGCCAGCACUUUUAGUUUAUCGAGGCCUUCUCAUGGUAGAGCUGCUACGUUUCUUUCGAACGCUUCCUUUUUUUCGAGGCUGCGCCACUAUUUAGAUCGCUUUGAAGGCACUCUGGACGAAGCACUUUAGCCAUAGAACCAGGUUAGUAAAUUGGUGUAAAGUAGAGACAACGUUUUACCAUCGAAAACUUACUAAUCGUACUGUACUAUUUCGCAGUUUCGAAAGCAGAAUCCUAAAGAUGCUCUCGUUCUUUUGUUAUUUCUUACCCACUCUCUCGGGUAAUCAGUCUUUAGUUCCCUGACUUAUCUCCGUGAGGGAAGAACCUUCAUUUUUUAAUUUUUUCCCGGUUUUGUCAUUCGUAUGUGAGCUGUAGUUAUCUGAAGGCAGAGCCUUUCCUUUUUUUUUCACCUGGUUCUGUCUCUCUUGGGUAGUCAGUUCUGUUUGGGCUGUUGUUAUCUGAAGGCAGAACCUUUCCCUUUUUUCCACCUGGCUCUGUCUCUCUUGGGUACUCAGUCCUAUUUGGGCUGUUGUUAUCUGAAGGCAGAACCUUUCCCUUUUGUUCACCUGGUUCUAUCUCUCUUGGGUAGUCUGUCCUAUUUGGGCUGUUGUUAUCUGGAGGCAGAACCUUUCCUUUUUUUCACCUGGUUCUGUCUCUCUUGGGUAGUCUGUCCUAUUUGGGCUGUUGUUAUCUGAAGGCAGAACCUUUCCUUUUUUUCACCUGGUUCUGUCUCUCUUGGGUAGUCUGUCCUAUUUGGGCUGUUGUUAUCUGAAGGCAGAACCUUUCCUUUUUUUUCACCUGGUUCUGUCUCUCUUGGGUAGUCUGUCCUAUUUGGGCUGUUGUUAUCUGAAGGCAGAACCUUUCCUUUUUUUUCCACCUGGUUCUGUCUCUCUUGGGUAGUCUGUCCUAUUUGGGCUGUUGUUAUCUGAAGGAGAACCCUUUCCUUUUUUUUUUCACCUGGUUCUGUCUCUCUUGGGUAGUCUGUCCUAUUUGGGCUGUUGUUAUCUGAAGGCAGAACCUUUCUUUUUUUUUCCACCUGGUUCUGUCUCUCUUGGGUAGUCUGUUCUAUUUGGGCUGUUGUUAUCUGAAGGCAGAACCUUUCCUUUUUUUUUCACCUGGUUCUGUCUCUCUUGGGUAGUCAGUCCUAUUUGGGCUGUUGUUAUCUGAAGGCAGAACCUUUCCCUUUUUUUUCACCUGGUUCUGUCUCUCUUGAGCAGUCAGUCCUAUUUGGACUGUUGUUAUCUGAAGGCAAAAUCUUUCCUUUUUUUAUUUGGUUCUGUCUCUCUUUGGGAGUUGUUUCAUUUUAGACUGUGCGUCUUCAUCUUAUGACAAACUAAUUUUGAGUAUGAAUUGCGACAUAAUUAAAUUUACUUGUCCUGAUUUUUUUCCCUUGCAGAUUUAAUUGAACGUUAACCGCGAAAAGUCGUGAUGAAAAAGCAAUGUUUGUUUUAAUAAAAAAAGAUAGUUUUCCUGUUGAGAUGCCUAACCAACCUUAACUUAAUUACAUAUCAUAAGUACACGUUCCGUUGACUGGUAAUUUUUACGUCGAUUUUGUGUUUGCCUUGGUGGUGUCUGUCCUCAAAUCCCGUGAUGUUUCAAUUAAAGAUAAAUAACGAAUUUAGGAAUAAAAUUACCAACGAGUAAAAUACCUCUUCUCGUAACGUAUUAAAUUGUAUUUACAUUUCCAACUCUUGCUUCAGACACGAGAUGUAAAAUCGGUCAUAGGUUGUAAAAGAGAUUUGUGAGUAAAGAACUUUUUCUACUUGUCCUUUUUUAUUUUCUCGCAGCCUCAUACAAGAGGUUCGCUGUGUUCGCAGUGGCGCGCCAGGAAACCCCAGCAGGAAAAUUUUUUUUUAAGAUUUUACUCCUUUAAUGAUAUCUUUAAAGUAUAUUACUCCCUUAGCAUUUAGCCAAUUAUAUGAUUGCGGCGGAGGGUGCAAAAAAACUCCGUUAUAUAUUUCUUUACAGGCCAAUAUUAUCGGAAAAAAACCCAAACAAACAAACAAAAUGAGGUCUGUUGCGCUGUGUGAUCCAUGAGUGUUCUCAUCGCGGUUAGGGCUUGCUGUUGCUUGCGGUAUUAUUUUCCGGAGUGGACAUACCAUUACUACAUUUUUGUUAGCGUUUAAAAAUCGGAAAUACAUGGUUUUGGUAAAAAACUUCAUCUUUUUCAACUCCUAACGACUGUCGAGUUGUGUGUAUCAAUAGAGUGGGUCAGCAAAUUUGCAUUCUAUGUUGUGCAAGGGGCAAGAGAAAAUGGUUGACUCCCCGCGAGUGAAGCUGACGCUCUAGGUCGAUGUUGAUCCAUUAUUAUCCUUUGUAAACAAAAUUUCGAUCUUGUAGUUAAAUUAUAAAAUUUCUUUGGCUUACAUUGUGCGCUUUAAAGUAAACUUGAGUUGUUAGUUCCACGCGAGGGUUUAACCUUGAAAAUUGCAAUCACGCGAGUGAAGCUGACAUUAACGCGUGCCCCUUUCUGGAAAACAUUCGUAUUGUGACAAGAAGGGUCUACUUUAAAGUUUUGGGUUACUCUCGCCAUGCAAUUUGGACGCCGAAAAGUGCCAAAAAAGUAAUUACUGAAAAUUCAUCCGCAACACUUCGGUCGUUCUGCGGGCGCGAAGUCAGUUCUUCUCUUACAGUUAAUAAUUGCCAGGCGGAUCUACGAUCCGCCUCAGCCUCAUUUGCAUAAAUCUUUUGGUGAGCAAAGCUCGUCAUGCCAUCUUCAAUUUAGCUAGAACUUUUAUCUGAACAUUUGUUUUUAUAACAAUAUCAAGAGGACUCAAAGCUAAUUGUCAAAGGAUAUUUAUUUAAUUAAACUAACCCCCUUAUAGAGAAUCCCUGAUGCCCACCUGCGUAAAACGGCGGUUUGGGUUAGACCUUUCGUAAAUUACUGGCCCUUUAAGGUUUAAAUAAUUUGAUUCCUAACUAUGUGACAAGUAUAAGAGUGAUAUACAAAAAUAAAUAAAUAAGCUAUAUAAACGAAUAAACACAAAAGACCUACAUGAAGCUAUUAAAACUAAAAUUAUGCUGAUUCCAAGUUCGCAGCAUGUCACUGAUGGAGUUCUUUUAAUUCCUCAGAUUAGAGGAUCGAUAGUUUGAAUGAAUUUUAUCUCAGAAAUCAUAAAGAAUGCGUCUGGUAAAUUCCAAGAAAAUGAUCCAGUUUUGGGGUGAUUUUUAUUGUGACUUAUUCGCGAAAUCCCUAGCAGUGACUGUAAGGGAAUGAAAAUCCUCUCUUUAGGGAGAGGUAUUAAUGAAUUUGGAUAAAGCAAGUCAACCGCUGCGGCGAAUUUGGAAGAGGGAACGUUUGAUCGGCCGAAAAAAUAUGCUGAAAGCGACGGACUCGUUCAUAGUUUAUCUUUAUUUCAUGUUUUCAUUUUUUCCAUUCUCUUUUCGAGUUUGACACGAAAGAAAGGAUGAACGCGGAAAAGAAAGAAAGUGGAAACUUCACGUUAACUUACGUACUGCGAAUACCUCUGAAACACCGUGAAUGAAAAUUGAUAUGUCGUUAUGUGUCUUCCAACUAUGUCUGUGCUCAUACUCUUACCAAAGAAAUUAGACACCUUUUUGCUCUUUUCUGUCAAUUCGUCUACCAAUCUGAACUUAACUCAGUCCCAUCACUGUACAUGAUAUAAUAUUUUCCAAAAUUGAAAAUUUACCACAUGGUUAAAAUUCUCAAAGCAAGGGAGUGGAAUCUAUAUUUGAAGAUUCAAAUCUGUGGAUCUCAUAUCACCAGAGCGAGGUUAUUGUGAUAUUGGUCACUUGAAACGUUUCUAUAGAUAAGUUACAAGGGCUUAAUUUCACUUUGGAUCAGUUUUGCGUUAGGUAUAUAUGAAAAGGCAUUUGCCGUGACAACGUUAACUUACUCCGGUAAAUAAAAACUUAGGUUUAGCAAAAUACAUGUACUUUUCUGGCUGAACUGCCUUAAUUCUGCCACAAUUUAGCACUAUAACAUGCGUCGUACUGUUCGUUAUUGCUGGAUUUUCACAUGGUGAGUAUGCCUGUUACACAAUGAAAAACAUUGAUUUUCUUCUUGUUUUUCUGUUUUGUUUUUUAACUCAAAGAUCCAGCGGUGAUCAAAAACCCUGGAAAUCAGACGUUUAGUAAGAAACCUGGAGAAGAGGUUAACUUUUCUUGUUACAAAGACGGUUACCCACCACCUACAGUUACCUGGACAAAGGACGAUGUCGACAUGAAUUGGAAUUCUGAAGAUAAUCCCAGUAAAGUGAUUUUUCAAGUAAAAGAGUCCAGC